AUCCAAUUUUUGGUGUUGUGGCUACUUGUUCCGUAUCUCCGUGAAUAACCAGCUUGACAAUCUUAUUUUUGUAAAAUGAACUUGUUUCCAGUAACAGAAGAAGAAAAAAAAGAAAUUCUGAAGCAGUAUAACAUCACUGAACCUCAAAUUAAGGAGAACGUGGAAAUAAUUAAAGAAUGGAAAGAAAAAGUACCGCAUCUACCAGCAACUAUUACUGAUGAUUUCAUUACAAAGGUUCUAUUAAAAAAUAAAUUUCGUAUAGAACGCACCAAAGAAAAGUUAGAUAAUUAUUUCACACUUCGAGGGCAGAACCAAAACAUGAUUCGUGGCUUCGAAAAUAUUGUUCCUUCCAAACACUUUGGUUUGUGCUUGCCAAUGCCUAAAUUGACACCUAAACUUGAACGUGUAAUCAUCAUGAAAUUAAUGGACGUAAAUCCCGAUAUAUAUGACCUAGAAGAAUUUCUUCACUUAAGCUUAGCUAUAGCAGAACUAAAUUUACAGUUUGACGAGAGCAUAGGAAUACGAUAUAUAUUUGAUUUUGAAGGGUUUUCUACUAAACAUAUCCUAAAGUUUAAUCCAAUUCUAGCAGCUAAACAUUUCGUAUUUAUUCAGAAAGCAUAUUCAUGUCGGAUAGGCGGAAUCGAAUGUGUUAAUUUAUUUCCAGGAUUCGCUAGCAAACUGCAAGCACUGUUGAGGCAGAUGUUGUGGGGAAAACUUUACGACAGAAUGAAAAUUUAUUCAGACAUAACAUCUCUGUCCGAUAUAAUUCCCAAAGAAUGUUUACCAUGCGAAUAUGGCGGUAGUUGCAGUAACAUACCAGAUCUAUUAAAACAAUGGGAUGAAGUUUUCAAAAAUCAUAAAAGCUUUUUUAUUCAAAACUACAACAAUGUUGCUUUGGAGCAUCUACGUCUAGAGGAUGUGAAGACAACUGAAGAAUUUGGGCCUGACGGAACUUUCAAGAAAUUAACUGUGGACUAGUUUUCAGCUUUCAGUACUUGACUGAUAAAAACUAAAAAUACUGCAUUAGAUUUAAUGUUAGGUGGUGUGAAUUAUGAAACAUAUUAUGUCAUAUUUAAGCUGUUAGCAAAAGUGGGAAAAUAAUAGAAUAAUAGAUCACAAAUUAUCAAAAAACAUCUUUUCAAAUAGGUACAUUAUUAUUUAAUGGAAUGGACCAGAUCUUAUCUGCAUUCUGCAAUUCUAGAACCUUGAAAACUGUUUCGUACAAGUAAAAGUAAC